UCUCACACUCUCGUUUACCGUUAAACUUGUAAUCAGAAUCUUCUCUCGGUGCAUCUACCUUCACAAAUAUGUAAACUUUCGUAUGGUUAGUUUGUUAAUCGUUUUAUACAAAUUACCGGUGUGUUAUAUAUCUGUACAAAACUUUUGUGAUAUUUUUCUUCAUACAUCGAGGGGAAAAAAGUGAGCUACGGGAAACGAAAGCAACAACUACCGGAAGUUAAUUCAAGAUGAGGCUGUUGUUUUCGGCUGCUUUGAUAUUAUUACUUCAGGUCGUAUCAAUUUAUUGCAUUGGUCAUCUUUACGUGGGUAUCCUUGGUUACAACAAUAACAACAUAAACACCACGUGUUGCUCAGAUAAAUCUUGUGAAAAUACCGUCGGGUGUGCCCUAAUAUUUGAAAUAGUUGUAGACGGUUUAAAUGGUUCGGAGGGACCAGUUUCCGGACGACCGUCCAAUACGCCGUUAACACCUGGCCAAGCAGCAUCGUUCAUCGGGGAGUCGGUUACUAACCCUUUGUCAUUCGCCUUUAACAGAUGGCCG